AUGGAGAGGUCCCUGGAGUGGGCCAACACGACCAGGGUCCAGGAGUUUGUCCUGCUGGGUUUGUCCACGAGGGUGGGCCUACGAGAGGCCCUGUUUGCCGUCUUCCUGACCCUCUACCUGCUGACCCUCUUGGAGAAUAUGCUCAUCGUCUACCUCGUCUGCACUCACAGCGAGCUCCGCAAGCCCAUGUACUUCUUCCUGGGCAACCUGAGCUGCCUGGAGAUGUGCUACGUGUCUGUGACCAUGCCCAGCCUGCUCGUGGGGCUGUGGGCGGGGCCCUGCCCCGUGCCCUUCACAGCCUGCAUAGUUCAGCUGUUUUUAUUUAUAUCCUUCAUCGGUACCAAGUGCACUCUCCUGGCCUCCAUGGCCUAUGACCGCUAUGUGGCCAUCUGCCGCCCGCUCCACUACCCACUGCUCAUGCGGCCCCAGGUCUGCACAGGCCUGGCCAUGACCUCCUGGCUCGGUGGUCUUCUUUCCUCUAUCAUCAAGGCCACGUGCAUCACGAGUCUGUCCUACUGUGGCCCCAACGUCCUCAACCACUUCUUCUGUGACGUCUCCCCUCUGCUCAACCUGUCCUGCACCCACGUGGCCCUGACCGAGCUGGUGGACUUCAUCUCGGCCAUCGUCAUCUUCUGUGGGUCAUUGCUAGUCGCUCUGGCCUCCUACGUGGCCAUUGGGAGGGCCAUAUUCCAUAUGCCCUCAGCCACUGCCCGCUGCAAAGCCCUCUCCACCUGCACCUCCCAUCUGGCUGUAAUGGGCAUCUUCUACUCCGCGGUCCUCUUCAUCUACUCCCGACCCAACCGCGUCAAGUCAACAGACCUCAACAAGGAGCUCGCCGUCAUAUACACUGUGGUCACGCCCCUGUGCAGUCCGAUCAUCUACUGCCUGCGGAACAAGGAGGUCCACAGGGCAUUCAGGAAGACACUACCCCCACACUAA